CUACGCUUUGAUAACUUUAUUAGAAAUGUCUAUGGUGGUAGUAGAUACCUCUGAGCGCCGUGCAGCAUGACUGAUCUACUCUAAAUGCUCUCCUGUCUAUUUCUGAGUCAUUCUACAAGAGCAGCCUGUGCUUCCUCUUUGCGUUCCUUAGAGUUGCGCUGGAGGCGAAGGAACCUCGCAAAUGCAAACGGACUCAUUUCUUUCCGUCCUCUUCUCUCCUCUGCACGCUUCCACCUAGCCAAGCACUCACAAACAAUCGAGACAACCGGGAGCACGAGCACGAGCACGAGAAUCGAGGACGGCUGUUGGAAGUCUCUGUCGUACUGACACACAUAAGAGAGCAAAUUUAACACGAUCCAAUCACAAUAUCUGGGAAGCCAGUGGUUCGCGUUGAGCCGAAGAGUCCAAUCCAGAUAGUCUUCGAGAAGUAAUUCGAGUAUUUCCCGCAAAGCGAAUGUCGAUAUG